UUCAAGUUUUCAACUGUGCUUUCAGAUUUCACGACUAGCGAAUUUUGGAUUUAUUGAAGUCUUUGGUUCCUAGAAAUAAACGAACUGGCGUUAUGCCUGAAUCAAAAGUAAUUUCCGAAGUAGAUAGCUUAACUUUUAAAGCAACAGUUGAAUCACAAAAGUUUCCAUUUGAGUAUCAAUGGCCUCAGGAUAAAAGUGGCGAAUAUUUUCAUUUGCAAAUGACGAUCUCCAGUUUCUUGAAUGAUACAAACUUGUUGCAGAAGUAUCCCGACAUUGACCAUCACGAAGUGUCUAUUGAGGAAAGGAAGUUUCUUUUUGGACAAGGAGUCAUAACAGAAAAUCUAUUCAACUCCCUGGAGAAGAAGAUAAUGGCUUUAAGCACGGAUGAUGUACGUCAUGUUAUGAUUGAGUAUUACCCAUCAUCCUACCGCGCGUAUGUUGCGAUGCUGCACGAAAAGGAGAAGCAGGCAGCCGUCAGCAAAACGAGUAAAAACGGAAAGACGUUAUCGAUACGGCAGACUAAUGCAUUGAAAAAAGCUAUGAAAGAUUCUUCAGAUUACAAUGCUCUUCUACUACAACAGCGUCGUGAGGAAAGGGCAUCAUACUACGACAUGCAGACGCAGUUAAUUCAUAUUCCGGCCAGAAGAAACAAGAAGCUCCCUCCAAAUAUGACCAUUCCUAGCAAAUAUCCCGUGGCUCUGCUACCUGGGCAGUAUCAGGAGUACUAUCACUCCUAUAGCUUUCGUGUUUUGAAUCAACUUCCUUUGAACACUGUUAUCGCAUUUCCACCUCCACCUCAGUUGGAGGUGACAACAGUUCCCGAAGCAUUUGAAAUGAUGCAACAGAAAAGCGAAGGACCUGUGCCAGUUGUACCAUAUAUGACCAUAGGUAAGCGUGAAGAAGUGUACGAUGAACCUCCUCCAAAAAGAACGUACAAGCAUAGAAAUCAUGGUAGUGGAAAAAAGGAUCCCGUGUGUGGAAUAUGCUUGUCUGGACCUGAGAAAAACAAAAACGGCUUGGCAGAAGAACUUAUUCAUUGCUCCGAGUGUGAAAAUAGUGGUCAUCCAACGUGUCUGGAUAUGAGCCCGCAAUUGGUGCGGAUUAUUAAGACGUACCCCUGGCAAUGUAUGGAAUGCAAGAGAUGCACCUUAUGUAACGACCCUCAUGAUGAAGACAAAAUGUUGUUCUGUGAUGAGUGCGAUCGUGGUUAUCAUAGCUUUUGUGUUGGUUUGACCCAAAUUCCAAUUGGUCGUUGGAUAUGUGAUAAAUGCGGCAUGUGUGCGUCGUGUUUAAAAAGGGUACCUGGUCCCGAAGGUAGCGCUGCAAGAUGGAAACAUGAGUUUACAAUUCCUAAUGAAGGUGAAGAGCCGCAGUUUCUACAAACUUUAUGUAUAUCGUGCUCGCGGUUAUUUAGAAAUGGGAAUUUUUGUCCCAUUUGUCUCAAGGUGUAUCGUAACGAUGAGACAGAUCUUCCAAUGGUUUGCUGCGAUCAUUGUGAUCGAUGGACUCACACAGAUUGCGAGGGAAUAGAUGAGAAAACGUACCGAGAAUUAUCUCGGUCAAAGUCGAAGUAUAAAUGCGCUCUAUGUCGUGGCGAGAAGGAGGAAAGGAUCAAAGGAUUUACCAAAAAAUUUCCCCAGUACAAAACAGUAUGAAAAAUUUUGUUGACGUAUCGUCAAAUUUGUUUCUCCUUAUUUUUAGCUUUUUUUGAAACGCUUUUGCAUAAACUAUUCUUUAACUAAUUUCUGAAUGCAAUGUUCUUUCUGUUCAUGAAGCAUGCGAUAACUUCGAAACUCAUGUAUGUACAGGGUGUAUCAAAAAAAGAUUUUUAGAAUUAAAACUAUCGUGCAAAUUCAAUACCUAA